CGAAGUCUCCUGAGACCCGGACCUGACUGGGGAGUCCUCAGGUCUGUCCUGGACAGAAAGUGAAAGAUAUAAGCUCUUUGAGGGAGAACAUGUUGAGAGUCUCUCAAGCUCCUACUGCCUUGUAUUUGGAUGAUGAAAACGAACUGGAGGAUCUAGAGAGCCAGGGAAAUUCCACCUCUUCUCUUUAUGGGUCCUCUCAGCAAGACCAUCAGCAGGACAUGGCUGAGGAUGGACUUUGCAGAGCCAGCAGAGAUUUCCUUGAACCGCAGAGAACUGAGUGCCCUGGUAAAGGCUGCCUGCAGCGUGUGUAUAAACGUCAGUUCAGCUCUGACUAUAGCAUCAGCCCCACAAGUCUGGGAGAGACUCGGGGUGGAUCUGAAGGGUCACACUAUGGCCAAGAGGAGGACAGACUCUCAGGCCGAUCUGACAUCAGCCUGUACCCCAUGAAAGCCCCUACUGGGCAUAACCCAAGACCAGGUUCUGCAGGAUUGGCAGACAGCACGCCCAAGAAUAUCAGUCGGUUUGGUGACAGCUCAGAGUACCCCACCAGUGCCCCCACUGGGCAUUACCCAAGACCAAAUUCUGCAGGAUCAGUAGACAGCAUGCCUGAGAGUAUCGGUCAGUUUGGUGACAGCUCAGAGUACCCCACCAAUGCCCCCACUGGGCAUUACCCAAGACCAAAUUCUGCAGGAUCAAUAGACAGCAUGCCUGAGAGUAUCGGUCAGUUUGGUGACAGCUCAGAGUACCCCUCAGAAUCAGAGGCAGCUUCAUCUUUGGGUGAUGGCCACCCAAGAAUUACCCCAACUGAAUCCUUCCAGAGCCACUUCCUAAGCCCUUCGUCCCUAGAGGGACUGCAGCAUACCCCAAGUGCUAAUGGCAAAAUGAACCCUGAUGCUUCUUAUGAAAAGAAGUCUGGUAGCCUUAUGGGAGCUAUCAACCAGACAGAGUCUGCAACCUCUCAGGACUUGUCAAACUCUAAAACCCAGAUGCCCCCCAGUCCUGGCUAUAAGUUUGGGAGGGAGGAGUCCAAUUCUCCUUUUCGAUGGGGAGGAACCCAGCCCUUGGACCAAAUUCAAAAGCCCAAGAAGGAAUCCAGUGCAGUGCUUCGUUCCCAACUCAGUGGUUCAUUCUGCCCCUUCAGUCUCCCAAAGAAUAGCACCCCAAAGAGGCUGAACCAAUCCAGGGCUCCCAAGAAAGGGAUCAAUGUGCCUGCCCACUCCUCCUCUGAAGUCUCCAAGUAUGGCAGGGGGCAACUGAAUUACCCAUUGCCUGAUUUCUCCAAGGUGGAGCCCAAAGUACGGUUUCCUAAAGACGAAGAGAGCUACCGCCCUCCCAAAGGAAAGAACCACUCCAGGCAGUUCCAAGGUUCCACGAGACCUCUAGUCUAUAAGUCCCCUGCUGAGAUCGUUCGGGAGGUGUUGCUCAGCAGUGGAGAUAACUCCCCUCAGAAAGCCUCUUUUCCUUCCUACAUUGUGGCCAAAGUGCCCAAGGAAUUCAAGACACCUCAGCAGGCAACAGAGUUGGUGCAGCAGCUUCAGGAGGACUACCACAAACUACUCACCAAAUACGCAGAGGCUGAGAACACCAUUGACCAGCUGCGGCUUGGAGCCAAGGUAAACUUGUACUCAGACCCACCCAAGCCCAGCCAUGGUGUUCAUAUGGGAUCCAUGCCCCAUGGGACAAAGGUCAUGUCCUUCACCAUUCCCCAGGCUAAGAUGGCAGAAUGGCAGUCAACCACCAACACUGCAUCACAGGCCUUGUUGGACGCGGAACUAUCAGCAACUCAAGGCGAUCUGAUUCCACCCCCAGCUGCCGCAUACCCCAGCCCACUGACAGAUGGCAGUGGCACCUCUACACAAGGGCCAUCCCUGGGAGAUCGUCUGACCCAGACGCUGGCCAAUGAGGUGGUCAAGUUCCUAGCACAGGUGGAAUCUUUUGAAGGACUGGUCCAAGAAGGAAGGCUGGCACCUCAGGAUCAGCUCAAGGGGUUUUGGAGGCUGAAGGAAGAACAGGAUGCUUUGGAGAAAGCCUUUCUCUGGGCACGAGGAGAGCACAGACGCGUGCAGCAGCUUCAGGCAUCUGACGUGCCUCCCGGUGAAUUUGAUCCUAACAGGGAAGUGGAAGGAGAGAUAUUUCGGCUGGGAAUGCACCUUGAGGAGCUCAUGGAUGAGAUAGAUGACUCAAGAGCUGACCAGCUCUCUCCGAGGACCCCUCCAGGAGAAAAGUCACAUGGCAGCUCAGCAGCUUCACCCGUAUCAGACCUGCCAACUCUGUCUCCUGCUCCAUCAGCUCAAGCCCCCAUGCCAACUGUCCGCACCCCCUACCCUGAGACCCCAGCUGUCCAGAAUGGCCACACUUUUCUGUCUGGAGUGCACACAGAAGUGAGCUCUGCCAGCAGCGAGUUAGAUGAUGAGAGCCCAGCACUGCCGCAGCCACUUCAGUACAAGCAGCUCCAAAUGGAGCAGGAUUUCCAGAGCCUCGCGGCCCGAUACCACAGGAUCAAGUUGUUCCCUGAUGAUGUCAGGUUGGAAGAAGACCAGGAAGAGAAGGAUUCCACCCAGGAAGUGGAUGGGCCAAUCGCUGGGAAUUCCGAGGCAUUUGAACCCAGUUCAAAGAGGACAGAACAGGAGGAAGGGAAGCACCUGAACCCUCUUGAGGAGCGUGGGGAGCAGACACAAUCGACCCAGUCCCUACAGCUCCAGUCAACACCAAGGAAUGGCGGGCACUGCUUGGGUGGGCUUCCUCAGAGUCCUAUUGCUCAGCCACACCCACCUGCCCCCACCCUCACCCCACCAGUCUCAGAGCAAAAGCAGCCACCCUCUCAUCAGAGCAGCAUCGCCAGUCUGGCUGGUAGUGGUGUUUCGGGCUCUUUGCCCCUUCAGAAGGCUUUCCAUUCGGCCAGCGCCCCCCAGCCGGCGAGAAACUUCGAUGUGAGCCAGUACAAGGAGCACCGGAUAGUGUCCCCAGAAACUGACAGUGGCUUUGUGGGAUCUGAAACCAGCAGGGUGUCUCCAAUAACCCAGACUCCAGAGCACCGACUUUCCCAUACCAGUAUGUCCUUUGGCACUAGUGACCCGAGGAGAUUACCCCAGUCGUCUACAGCAUGUCUACCCCAAGCUCCUUCCUCCCACCAUCCAGGAAGGGACAGCCAGCUUGUCGACAGAGUAUCCUCUGGGCUCAGCACAUCAGGGGCCCAGGCCCAGAGGUCUGACCCAGUACCUAUCACUCCCCCAAAGAAGUGGACAAAAAGCUUGCACCACAAACUGGGACCAGCUGACUUGGAUGGUGAGGGCCAUGAUAGGGCCCGUGAAAAGUAUUCCUGUGGUAGAGAUGACCACCAGUCUCCUGCUCCCACCCCUUCUGAUGAAGCACAUCAAGAGAUAGCGCAAGACCCACUCAGCAACCUCAUCUCCCGGGAAGUGAGAGACCAAGCUAUCAAGGCCCUACAGCAAGAAGUGACCCGACUCCGAGAGAGGAUAGAGGCCAGCUUGAACAACCCACCUCGGGACACCUCAAGUCAUAACUUCCAACAAGCUACCAGAGCUCGGAGCAGGCUUGCAAAGGAGCCCUUGGCUUCAGGGAGCUCUUCCCACAGCAGUAAAUCUGCAGAGAGGUACCAGAGUGACCGUGGAGAUACAGCUCAAAACAAUAGUACAGUGAGAUUGCGGCUGAGAGCCUCCUCUGUGCCCCGAGAAGGGCCCCAACCAGCCCAAACUUCUGAGUCAGAACAAUCUAUAUCCAGGAUCCAGACUGAGCAGAGCAGGGCUGAGGAGCAGAGCCCCGCAGACAGAAUAAACGGAGGAACCCGAGGGAAGCAAGCAGACACAGUCUACUUCCGGGGCCACUACACAGGUCAUGAAUAUGCUGUCAAAUCCUCCCAACGCUUCCAGGCAGACAACAAUUCUCUUUCCUGCUCCAGCUGUCACUCAUUGAGGAAGAAACUUCCUGACAACACUGCCAGCAAGGAUCCAGAGGAACUUUUUCCCCGUGACAGCAUCAAGAAGACCCAGUGUCCAAUGUGCCACAGACCCAGGAGUCCCACAGAGAGGGAUAGGGAGCCCUCUGGGAUAGACAAGGGCACACAGAAGGGAGUGCCUCUAAGUUCUGGCCCGACUCGGAAGUCUGAGCAACGUCAGCAGCAAUCGACCCUGCCAUCACUUCCUCAUCCUCCUGGAGUGUGGUAUCUAGCACCCCCGCUCCCAGCUCCAGUAGGGGCAACCUUCGCUUAUGUCCCACCGGUUCCUGUCGUGCCUUAUUCAUCCUCCACAUUGUACUAUUCUCCAGUAGCACCUACCUCAGCCUCCUCCCCUCUGCAUUACUCCAGUGGUAAAAAACCUGCCGAGGUGAGAUCCUCGUCUCAGAGCCGCCGAGCUCCGUCUCCAGCUCCAGGCCACCGCUGCUUGUCUGAGCUGGAUCUUGUUGACCUGAAUGAUCUCAGCCUGUCCUUGAGCCGAGCUGUGGAAGCAGCCAAAAAUGUUGAGUUCACCACCAAGCAAAUGAGUCGGUCCUUGUCUGCUGACCUGCACAGAGCCCGAGGUCUAAGGGGAUCCUGCCUUUUUUGACAGGAACUGAUUUAAAUGGGGGGUAAGAGGGCAGGGCGUUUGACUUCUGUUUCAUCUAGCAUGGUAGACUUCUUACAAGAUCAAACAAAUGUUCUGGAAAUGCUGGGGGAAAAUCCUUCGUUUGGACGUUAAAUUGGCAGCAGAUGACAAGCUUAUUUUUAUGUCUUUUUUUAAACAAGAGAAUAAUGUAUUUUUCAAAUAUGGACAAAGAGGUCUGAGGCUUUCCGUCCGAAGUCAGCCACCAGCAGUGUGAUGCUGAGAAUGAACUAUGCUCUCUGUACACAAGGAACUCUGGGAAUAGCCUUUCUUUCCACGCCUGUACUUUCCUGCCUCCAGCUAAUGAUGUCUUUUUUUUUUCAAGGCCAAGCUGCUUUGUCUCUAGUCCCCGUGAGUGCACUGUCUGAGUCCUUCAAGAGUCAAGGGGAGAGGAGCUUGCAGGGGUGUGUGUGUGUGUGGAGAAAGGAAGUGGUGGCAGGAUGAAGCCAUUGCCAACUGCUACGGAGACAAAAGCUGUGAACAAAAAGGGCUCUUUGCUGGCAACCUCUGUACUAUUUUUGGAGUCUGGGCAGAGGCCCCUGGGUUUUCAAGGCACAAGACACUUAGCCUUCAGUUUCUCUUUUGCUGGAAAGAAAGGUGUCCCCAUCAAUCUGUUUUGGAGCCAGUAUUUUUGAAGUUUUUUUGGUUGAUUUUUUUUUUUCUGCAAGAAUUCUUCCUGGUACUUCCUCUUAUAUCUUCUUCCUUCCUGUGGAUUUAUUUGGCAUUUAACUGAUUGAAGCUGAGACAGUUCCUAAGGUAUCUGUCUUUUGGGUACGAACUGUUGCACUGAGGGAUGCUGUGAUCCCCUGCAUUGAUGCUUACCUCAGCAUUCCUAGAAUGCACCGCAUAGAUGGCAUUUGUAUAUUUGGGGUAUUUUAAACCUUAUUUUAAUUCCAAAGGUUAAUGAAGAAAAAUGAAUGCUGAUCUUUUUUUU